AAGCCAAUUAUUUGCGAGUAAUUUACUUACUAUCAACAGUAUAUGCAUUAUCCACUCUGUUCAUUUUGCAUGCCCCAUCUAUCCUUUUUUCCAGUUCUCAUUUUGGUGGCCGACCUGCAGGGCCCUCCCCUCUAACCCUCGCUAGCUUGUAUUGAGGUUAAAACAACUUUUUUAUAGGAGUCUGCGACACCGAAAUGCAGGUCUACAACCAAGAGCAGACAUGCGUGGAGUAAUCGAUUAUUCUUAGUCGACUCUUUACCACUAGUUUAAAUGUGUGUCCUCAUUAUUGCGCAGUAUAGCCUAUGGCUGAAAUUCUUGUUAUGACUGCGGGGUCCUGUUUCAAUCGGCGUCAGGCAGGCGCACGACGUGAACUGAAACCCUUUCACCUUCUGCAUAUUGCCGUAAAUGUUUAUUGGUAUGUGAACUAAAAAAAUAGACUAGAACAACUUUGUUAGAGUUUUAAUUUGGCAUCAACCAAAUAGAAGUUGAUCUUAUUGUCCUUCACGUGACUAGUGACUUUGAGAACCUCUUUUGGAGUUUUAGAAUAGGCUUCAGGCAGCGGUAGCCUAGCAAAUUUUUUCACUGUACUGGACGGGAGACCUAAUCGGUUUUUAGAGAUUGGUUGAGUAAGACACCGGGUUUCCUCGUUGGACAAUAUUGGAAUGGUUUGGUACUGUAUACUACAUUGAUACAGGCUACUUUUUUGGGCUGCACAUUUUGGAUUAUAUUAACCCGCUACUUUUUUUUUUCUCUGAUGCGUUGCAAAUAUGAUGUCAUCGACUCCACUUUUUUUCCUCAAGUUAUGGCGGAGCUGAAGUUUUCUAACUUGUCUUGAGCGCAGAGAGCACUAGUGUUUUCCGAUGGAGCACCUUCAGGGAGCAUGGAAGACCUUAAGCAACGGUUUCGGUAUGAAGGACUCGGUGUUCGAGAACCCCUGCCUAUCCCCCACCAUGGUGCAGGGAUUCCCCUACCAGCGCCGGUCCUCAGACGAGGGCAAGACCCCCGAUUCCAAGGCCAGCAGCACCAUCCGCGUCUACCUGCCCAACCAGCAGCGCACUGUGGUUAACGUGAGGCCAGGUAUGACCCUGCACAGCUGCCUGAUCAAAGCUCUGAAGGUGCGGGGCCUGCAGCCGGAGUGCUGCGCUGUCUUCAGAUUGCACCCUGGACAGAGGAGUAAAAAGUCACGUAUGGAUUGGAAUACCGACUCUACCUCGCUAAUUGGGGAAGAACUGCUUGUGGAAGUUUUAGAUCACGUUCCCUUGACGACGCACAACUUUGUUCGGAAAACAUUUCUGAAAUUGGCCUUCUGUGAUAUAUGCCAGAAGUUCCUUUUGAAUGGUUUCCGUUGCCAAACAUGCGGCUAUAAAUUCCAUGAGCAUUGCAGCACCAAAGUGCCCACGAUGUGUGUGGAUUGGAGCAACAUCAGACAGCUCCUAUUGUUCCCCACACCAGGAGAAAGUGGGGGUCCAUCUCUUCCUCCCUUUACAUCUCGGCGAAUGAGAGAAUCACUAUCCCGCCCCCCUAGCAGUUCCCUGCACCGCUACUCCACCCCUCACACCUUCAACUACACCGCCCCCUACCCACCCACAGAGGGUGCUGUCUUCCAGAGGCAACGCUCCACCUCCACGCCCAACGUCCACAUGGUCAGCACCACCCUGCUCCACCCUGUCGACAGCAGCAUGAUCGAGCUAGAUUGCCUGAACACCUCCCCUAGCUCCUGGUGCAGGCGCUUCUGGCUGAAGAGAAGAGUAGGUAUUGUACGCUUCUCCGACUCUUUGGUUGAGGUGACGUCAGAGAGCCCAGCCAAGGAGGCAAUGCGUAAUCACGAACCAGUGUGUAAUUACAACUCCGGUGGUAGCUCCCCGAGCCAGAGUCCCACAGGCUGGGCCCAGCCCCAGUCCAAAACCCCAGCGGCAGACAGACGUGAGAGGGCUCCAUCAUUCAACACUCAGGAGAAACACAAAAUACGUCCGAGAGACAAGCGGGACUCUAGUUACUACUGGGAGAUCGAGGCCAGUGAAGUGGUGCUGCACUCCCGUAUCGGUUCAGGGUCCUUCGGAACUGUGUACAAAGGGAAAUGGCAUGGUGACGUAGCAGUGAAGAUCUUAAAGGUGAUUGACCCCACCCCGGAACAGUUCCAAGCCUUCAGAAAUGAGGUGGCUGUCCUUAGGAAAACGCGACACGUCAACAUCCUGUUGUUCAUGGGUUACAUGACAAAGGACAACCUGGCCAUUGUGACCCAGUGGUGUGAGGGAAGCAGCCUUUACAAACACCUCCACGUACUGGAGACAAACUUCCAGAUGUUCCAGCUAAUCGAUAUCGCCAGGCAGACUGCUCAGGGCAUGGACUAUCUUCAUGCCAAAAACAUAAUCCACAGAGACAUGAAAUCCAACAAUAUCUUCUUACAUGAGGGCCUGACAGUGAAGAUUGGAGACUUCGGUCUGGCCACCGUCAAAGCCAGGUGGAGCGGUUCUCACCAGGUGGAGCAACCCUCUGGGUCCAUACUGUGGAUGGCCCCGGAGGUGAUCCGGAUGCAGGACAAUAUGCCCUACAGUUUCCAGUCUGAUGUGUACUCUUAUGGUAUUGUCCUCUAUGAGCUGAUGACUGGAGAGCUGCCUUACUCCCAGAUAGCCAACAGAGACCAGAUCAUAUUCAUGGUCGGCCGAGGGUACUUGUCUCCUGACCUCAGUAAACUCUAUAAGAGCUGCCCGAAAGCCAUGAAGAGGCUAGUGGCCGAUUGCAUCAAGAAGAUCAAGGACGAGAGGCCGCUGUUCCCUCAGAUCCUGUCGUCCAUCGAGCUGCUCCAGCACUCCCUGCCCAAGAUCAACCGCAGUGCCUCAGAGCCGUCCCUGCACAGAGCCUCACACACUGAGGACAUCAAUGCUUUCACGUCAACCUACAGCCGGCUGCCUGUGUUCUAGAGCUAUUGCAUCCAGCCAGUUCCUCCUAAUUGUUUCUGGUUUAAAACAUACAGACAUGCAUGUGUACACAGACACACACCUACACACACACACACACACACACACACACACAAAGGAAUGGGGGGGAGACUCCUGUGAAGGUGAGCAUGAAUGGGAUGACUGGUUUUUCAGUCAGUGAAUGAAUACCAGUUAAGGUUCUGGUGUGGAUGGCAGAGAGACAUACUGACUACCCACUGGGCUGAAGAUGGUUUGACAGUGGAGCAAAUUUCUGCCCAUUACUGGAAGCUCGUUUCCCCUUUGGCUAAUAUGUGUGCAAUGGACAGAGUGGCAAUGCAGUGAAAUGUGUAAAUACUGUAUGUGAAAUAAAGCACAUCUACCUGGGGACAGUGAGGCAGAGACAUUAAAGGAAAUGGCUAGGAGAGCGGUGCUGUGAAGCACACCUUUCUGUCUGACUGACAGGGACUGACUGCGCUGGGGUUAUAUGAAGAUUUUCUCUAAGGUGCCUGAAGAGAAGUCCAAAAGACCCUGCCAACUUCACCUCCUAGGAUGACUGAUCAAAAACAAAUGCGUCACGCAAUCUCUUAGUUCUGCAGGGGUAUUUGAUUGUAUAUUGUCUUAAAUCAGAUAGAGAUGUGAAAUUAUUGUUGGCCUUUUGAUGCUUUUAUUUUUUUUUAUUAUGGAAAAACGUAUAGCCUGUCAAAGUCAAGCAUGAGUUAUUGAAGAAACUUGUUUUUUAAUUUGCACAUUUUACCAAAAGCGCUGUGUUUCUACUGGUCCAUGUGAUUGGUUCAUGUCUUAGCUGAGUGUUAAGAUCAGCAGUUAUGUCUUAGUCAGCCUUCUCUCUGGGUUACGAGCUGGACAUUAGGCAGUUGUCAUUAAUAUAAAAAAAUAAAUAAGAAUUUAUAUCAAA